CAGGAAGAGACACAGGAAGAGACACAGGAAGAGACACAGGAAGAGACACAGGAAGAGACACAGGAAGAGACACAGGAAGAGGCACAGGAAGAGGCACAGGAAGAGACACAGGAAGAGACACAGGAACACACGCAGGACGAAACACAGGGAAUUAUAACACCAGUAUGGAGGGAUGAUGACCUGGCUAGCAGCUCAACCACACAUAAUUCAGGCUGUAAGAAGGUCUUUUCUCUCUGCUGAGAGGACGCACUGUGACUCUGAGAACACACAGACCAAAGUUACAACACACAGGUUCAGGCAGAGCCAGGCAGAGCCAGGCCACUCCCUCUGAAGUAGUCUACCGACUGAGGUGACUAUCGGGUUUGAAUCCAUGACUCCAUGAUGAAUACACAUGUAGUUAUGAGAGACGGGCGAGUGCUGUCAAGGGCUGAGUUCUUGUCAUUGCUGAACACAUACAACUGUUUUCUGAAAGACAAGACCCAGCAGCAUCUUGUCUUCUAUGAGAGAGAUGGAGAGGUGGUGUUCGAGGGAUUCCUGAAUAUCUCCUGGGGAGUACGGCAGCCCAUCAGGCUCAAAAUACAGGAUGACAAACAACAACCGAUCACCAGCCUACUGUCACCUGACCCAGUCAGUCCAGUCAGUCCUCAUGGACGCAAGAGGGGGAUGACACGAUGGGGGGAGUUUGAAGACCUCCAUCAGAUCAAUGAGACAGAGGAGACCAACAAGCAGCAUCCUGCAGAGGAGACCAGCAACCACACGACAGGGAGCUACAGAAGUUAUGAAAGCUGUACGCUGCGUCCCACCCCCACAAAGCAGAAGACGGAGGUGGAGGAGGAUCAGUCCAACCUGAUCCGCUGUAUGAGUGAUGCUUCCUUGGUGAAGAGGAGGGUGAAGAGGAGUCCCUCACAGAGAGAGAGGAACAGGCAACACUGCUUCUCCAUCAACGGACACUUCUAUAACUACAAGACGGCUAUAUUCACUCCAACCUAUGGAACAUCCACUAACGUCCGUAUCAACAGCAAAAUGACAACACAUCAGGUCAUAUCACAGCUCCUUCAGAAAUUCAAGAUAGAAAAUGAUCCUAAUGAGUUUGCCCUCUACUGUGUCCAUCAAAGUGGAGAGAAGAAGAAGCUGUCUGACUCAGAUCUGCCACUGUGGGAGAGGCUUGUUCAGGGCCCAGCAGAGAACAUCAUGAAGAUGUUCCUCAUGGACAGAGAUGAAGAGGAAGUCAGCAACGAUGUGGCCAUGUACCUUAACCUGGAGCUGCCCAUCCUGGAGGGGGUUCUAGUGAAGCUGGAGGAAGAGGAGAACAGAGCUGUGCAGAGAAUCAUCACCAAGUACAACCAGCAGCAAAUAGUCUUGUCUCAGCUUCUCAGCUCCAAGAUCACCAAGACCGAGACAGAGGUGUGAGGAGUGGACUUCACACAGACUGGAAUUCACACAACACAUACCAGAACAACAGUACACAGAAUACAUGAAGGGACAUACUGUCCAGGGAAGAGGAUGUUCAAGAUUAAACUAAAUCUGUGUCCCAAAGGGCACCCUAUUCCCUAUAUAGUGCACUACUUUAGAUCAGAGCCCUAUUCCCUAUAUAGUGCACUACUUUAGACCAGAGCCCUAUUCCCUACAUAGUGCACUACCUAUAGACCAGAGCCCUAUUCCCUACAUAGUGCACUACCUUAGACCAGGACGUUGCGCUGUAUAGGGAAUAGGGUGCCAUUUGGGACUCAGGCAUACUACACCAUAACUAAACCUGAAAGACUGCAGGAGGACACAGAUGUCCAGGGAAGGUAUUGUUCAAUGUCAACCUGAAAGACUGCAGGAGGACACAGAUGUCCAGGGAAGGUAUUGUUCAAUGUCAACCUGAAAGACUACAGGAGGAUGUCUAGGGAAGGAAUUGUUCAAUGUCAACCUGAAAGACUGCAGGAGGAUGUCUAGGGAAGGUAUUGUUCAAUGUCAACCUGAAAGACUGCAGGAGGAUGUCUAGGGAAGGUAUUGUUCAAUGUCAACCUGAAAGACUACAGGAGGAUGUCUAGGGAAGGUAUUGUUCAAUGUCAACCUGAAAGACUGCAGGAGGAUGUCUAGGGAAGGUAUUGUUCAAUGUCAACCUGAAAGACUACAGGAGGAUGUCUAGGGAAGGUAUUGUUCAAUGUCAACCUGAAAGACUGCAGGAGGAUGUCUAGGGAAGGUAUUGUUCAAUGUCAACCUGAAAGACUACAGGAGGAUGUCUAGGGAAGGUAUUGUUCAAUGUCAACCUGAAAGACUGCAGGAGGAUGUCUAGGGAAGGUAUUGUUCAAUGUCAACCUGAAAGACUGCAGGAGGACACAGAUGUCCAGGGAAGGUAUUGUUCAAUGUCAACCUGAAAGACUACAGGAGGAUGUCUAGGGAAGGAAUUGUUCAAUGUCAACCUGAAAGACUGCAGGAGGAUGUCUAGGGAAGGUAUUGUUCAAUGUCAACCUGAAAGACUACAGGAGGAUGUCUAGGGAAGGUAUUGUUCAAUGUCAACCUGAAAGACUGCAGGAGGAUGUCUAGGGAAGGUAUUGUUCAAUGUCAACCUGAAAGACUACAGGAGGAUGUCUAGGGAAGGUAUUGUUCAAUGUCAACCUGAAAGACUACAGGAGGAUGUCUAGGGAAGGUAUUGUUCAAUGUCAACCUGAAAGACUACAGGAGGAUGUCUAGGGAAGGUAUUGUUCAAUGUCAACCUGAAAGACUACAGGAGGAUGUCUAGGGAAGGUAUUGUUCAAUGUCAACCUGAAAGACUACAGGAGGAUGUCUAGGGAAGGUAUUGUUCAAUGUCAACCUGAAAGAUGAUGAUCAGUGAUGAACUGAAAGCAACAAGUAGAAAAAAGUUAAAUAUGGAAAUAUUUUUCAAUGAACAUGAUGCAUCUAAUAGAAAGCCCUUUUGGUUCCAGAACGACUAGCCAGAACGACUAGUCAUCCCUCCACCUACACAGCUGAACUCGUAGUCAUCCCUCCACCUACACAGCUGAACUAGUAGUCAUCCCUCCACCUACACAGCUGAACUCGUAGUCAUCCCUCCACCUACACAGCUGAACUAGUAGUCAUCCCUCCACCUACACAGCUGAACUAGUAGUCAUCCCUCCACUAAGACAGCUGAACUAGUAGUCAUCCCUCCACUAAGACAGCUGAACUAGUAGUCGUCCCUCCACCUACACAGCUAACAGCUAGCUCCUGAAUGAGUUGUCAUCCCUCCACCUAGACAGCUGAACUAGUAGUCAUCCCUCCACCUACACAGCUGAACUAGUAGUCAUCCCUCCACCUAGACAGCUGAACUAGUAGUCAUCCCUCCACCUACACAGCUGAACUAGUAGUCAUCCCUCUACCUACACAGCUGAACUACUAGUCAUCCCUCCACCUACACAGCUGAACUAAUAGUCAUCCCUCCACUAAGACAGCUGAACUACUAGUCAUCCCUCCACCUACACAGCUGAACUAGUAGUCAUCCCUCUACCUACACAGCUGAACUACUAGUCAUCCCUCCACCUACACAGCUGAACUAAUAGUCAUCCCUCCACUAAGACAGCUGAACUAGUAGUCAUCCCUCCACUAAGACAGCUGAACUAGUAGUCAUCCCUCCACUAAGACAGCUGAACUAGUAGUCAUCCCUCCACUAAGACAGCUGAACUACUAGUCAUCCCUCCACUAAGACAGCUGAACUAAUAGUCAUCCCUCCACUAAGACAGCUGAACUAAUAGUCAUCCCUCCACUAAGACAGCUGAACUAGUAGUCAUCCCUCCACUAAGACAGCUGAACUAGUAGUCAUCCCUCCACUAAGACAGCUGAACUAAUAAUCAUCCCUCCACUAAGACAGCUGAACUAGUAGUCAUCCCUCCACUAAGACAGCUGAACAAAUAGUCAUCCCUCCACUAAGACAUCUGAACUAGUAGUCAUCCCUCCACCUACACAGCUGAACUAGUAGUCAUCCCUCCACUAAGACAGCUGAACUAGUAGUCAUCCCUCCACUAAGACAGCUGAACUAGUAGUCAUCCCUCCACCUACACAGCUGAACUAGUAGUCAUCCCUCCACUAAGACAGCUGAACUAGUAGUCAUCCCUCCACCUACACAGCUGAACUAGUAGUCAUCCCUCCACUAAGACAGCUGAACUAGUAGUCAUCCCUCCACUAAGACAGCUGAACUAGUAGUCAUCCCUCCACCUACACAGCUGAACUAGUAGUCAUCCCUCCACCUACACAGCUGAACUAGUAGUCAUCCCUCCACCUACACAGCUGAACUAGUAGUCAUCCCUCCACUAAGACAGCUGAACUAGUAGUCAUCCCUCCACUAAGACAGCUGAACUAGUAGUCAUCCCUCCACUAAGACAGCUGAACUAGUAGUCAUCCCUCCACCUACACAGCUGAACUAGUAGUCAUCCCUCCACCUACACAGCUGAACUAGUAGUCAUCCCUCCACCUACACAGCUGAACUAGUAGUCAUCCCUCCACCUACACAGCUAACAGCUAGCUCCUGAAUGAGUUGUCAUCCCUCCACCUAGACAGCUAACUCCUGUUUCUGUAAUAGAGGCUUGACAACACAACAAAUAAGUGCUAGCUAGCUGCCAGUUUGUACACUGGUUUGUUACUGUUGAAUCAUGAAGUGAUUCAUUUUUCAAUAACACGCGGCUAGCUAACUAACUGGCUAGAGGUGUUAUGAUCACUAACAUCAUUGCUGGAAUGUACUUUUGACCAAUCAGAUUACUUGUCCCUGACUAACUGUUUAAUAAGCCCUAUAAAGUGAUUGUCUGAUCAUAGCAAAGAUCACAAUUACCCAAGAUUGGCCAGCGGCGUCAUUGACAUUGGGAGGUUCCUCCAGAUGCUUCAUGUUUUUCUGGAGGCCGUACAUAUAUUUUCAGCUUCCUGUGAUUACAGGACGUGACUUAACUGGGGGUCAUAGGGGUGGUUUUGAAGAGUUUAAAAUAUUUGUGACCAGGGGACAGUUUUGACCCGGCAUAUGCAGUCUGAAUUCAAUCUGCCCAAAAGGAUUGUUGACCUCCAUUGGUCCUAAUUGUCUUACAGUACCAGAGGCGUCUAUACUGUAUGUCCCCACCACCUUCUUCAAAAUAGUUUCCAUUCUUAACCAAAAUCCUGGAGAAAUUGGUUUUCAAACAGCUGAAUGAUUUUUAAAGUGCCAACUGUAUUUUUGACAAAUACCAAUCUGGUUUUGCAGCCCACCACAGCACAGAGACAGCGUUAGUUCAAGUUGUAAAUGAUCCUAGAGCCAACAGAGAGACAGCCUUAGUUAGAAGCAAAUGAUCCUAGAGCCAAAACAGAUGCCAAACAGCUCUAUGUCCUUUUGCUCUUGUAUUUAAAUGGUGCAUUCCUCACUGUUGACCAAUGAUGUCCUUCUGGACUGACCGGAGAGGUGAGUUGGACUCUCCAGUACAGAGGUGGGUUUAGCACCUUGUGUACCGGUCAAGAAUUUUUCGUCAACCUUGGUGAACAUAACUCAGAGAAUAUACAAACUGUGUUAGUGAUUUAAAUACUUGGAUGGCUCAACUUCCUACAGCUAAAUCAAGACAGGUUGUAGACAAAGCACAGAGAGAAUCUCAACGCACAUUUUAAUUCACAGGCAAUAAAGACAAAACACCAGUUAAAAAACCUAGUUGUUAUUUUAGAUUCUGAACUACAUUUUGAAUCACACAUUAGGAAUGUGACCAAAAUAGCUUUUUACCACCUGAGGAACAUUGCCAAGGUGCAGUCAUUUCUCUCAGGCUGAUACAGAGAGACUCAUCCAUGCUUUUAUUACAAGCAGGCUUGACUACUGUAAUGCUCUCCUGUCUGGUCUACUCAAGAAAGCCAUUGGUCAACUGAAAAACAUACAGAAUGCUGCAGCGCGGGUACUGACCAAGACUAGACGGGGAGAAUACAUUACACCAGUUCUAAGGUCUCUGCACUGGCUGCCUGUGAGUUUUAGAAUUAAUUUAAAGAUUAUUCUAACCCCAAUACACACAUGCACUUAAGUUAUGUACCCAGUAGGUCCCUCAGGUCCUCUGGUACUGGCCUUUUAACUAUCCCAAAGCCCCGGACCAAGAGACAAGGAGAGGCAGCCUUUAGUUAUUAUGCCCUCAGUCUCUGGAAUAGUCUGCCACUGUGGAAAUUUUUAAAAGAGAUCAAAACACACAAUUUUAGCUUUGAUUUUCCUUAGGGUGAUUUUUUGAGUCGUUCAGGUUAUAUUGUUAUUCUUUAGUUGUUUUAAAUAGCACAUUGUGUUGCAUUCCACGUCUGAAAUGUGCUGUAUAAAUAAAGUUUGAUUUAGAUUUGA